AUUCUUCCAUUCCCGAUCGCCGAUCCGCGGCCGCUACAAACGCGCGUAGCGUACGCUCCGAUUCUCGGCCAUUCCCAAUCGCUGAUCCGCGGCCACUACGAACGCGCGUAGCAUACACUCCAAUUCUCGGCCAUUCCCGAUCGCCGAUCCUCGGCCGCUAUGAACGCGCGCAUAUUCUUCCACCCCGAAGCUCCACUGCAUACAUCACCAU